UCCAAAAAUCAUGUUUGUUAGAAAAAUUGUUGAUAUCUAUUUUGGGUUUUCUUUAAGUUUGAUGAACAUUAAUAAGGACUUAUCUUUGGUAUAUGAUGAUCAACAUUCUGUCAUCAUGAUGGUCAGUUAUUUAAAAGUUAUUAAAAAUUUUUAAAAAAAAUUAAAAAUUUUAAAAUUUUAAAAUUAUUAAAAAUUUAAAAAAUUAGAAGUUUUAAAAAGUAUUUUAUUGAGGGGUUUGAUAUUAAAAUUGUCAGGUAGGGUUCAAUAUUUCGUACUCAUUCUAUAGAGUAAACGCUUUAAAAAUUGUUGUAUUAUAAUAUUGUCAUAUUUAGGUACGAUUCUAAACAUUACCCAUCAUCCUUGCGUAUAGAGGAGACUAGGUGCGGUUGACAAGUAGUGCAGUUGACACAAAUGGAAUUUCUCUAAAACAGUUAAUUACAGAGAUAUGAGUUCAAAGGGCAAAAUAUUUAGUUUUCAUGCACGAAUCCUUAAUAUCCAGAUGCUGUUGGUGUUAGCUUCUAACUUUAGUAAAUUGUUUUUAUACAUGAAGGUAACAAAUCUUUAAAAUAUUAUAGCUCAUUUAAAAAAAACUUUGAAGAAAGUAGGGAGGUUUUAUUAUGUGAUACUGUUACUUUCAAAUAUACAUAACUAUUAUAUUGAUUGAUUUUAUUUUGCAGAUACUUUUGACUAACAAAGAAAAUUUCCUCCUAUAAAACACAAAUUUAUUUCAAACUUGUCAAAAUGAUAGAAAGUAAAAAUUUAUCAAACACUAUUUUUUAUAUUUUGAAAAUAGGCCACUCUUUGAGAAAUAUUCGAUUUUGCAAAAUUAAAAAUUUUAAAAUAGCGGAUCUAAAGUAGCGGACAUUAUCACGAAAUAUUUGUUCUAUUUUUCAUUUAUUCUUGUUAUUUCAAAAAAAAAAUUGUAUUAUUAAUGUCGAGGAAGUACUUUGUUAUGAAAUAUAAUGGAGAAGUUGAAAGUAAACCACAAACCACCCAUAAUCAUAGUUUUAUAAUAGACAUUUUUCACGACUAAAGUAGUCUACCACCUUUGGAGGUGAUAAAAUAUUAAUUCGCUGAAAAAAUUUAAAUCAAAGCAUAAAGGUGCCAAUGGCGUGGCUGGUUUAUGUCGUACAUCCAUAAAGAGAGAGGCAAAGAGAUUAGGCAUUUUUUUUUUCUUUGCCUUGGUUUUUGUCACUUUCUGAAAAGUGUAAUUUGUUCAAAUUGUUUCGCACCACUAAACAGAGAAUAUAAAAGAAAGCGAAACCUAAGCACAGUACAGUUAGGAUUAAACUUUUGUAUCUGUCAACUCGUCUAAAUGAAUACCAUGCUAAUCCUAAAGAUAAUGUUGCUCUCGAUAGCAUCUCUAGUAUCUUCAUAUACCUACAAUAAAACAACAAAAAUACCAAUCACCUACACAGUUUCAAAAGUCAUUGAUCUAACGAAACCAAUAACCAAUGAAUCACAAACAUCAAAAUUAAAUCGAAGAACAUCGAAACAAUCCAUUAAUACUCCGACUGAUAUCAGUAAAAGACAAGACAGUCCAUCCUUUGGCGGUUCUCUUUCAACUUUUGACGAACCAUCUGGAGGCAUUUAUGCAGAUUCAUUUUCAGGAUUUAGAGACAGUAGACCUAUAAAUAAAGAUGAGUUUGAUAUUGAUGACAUUGAUAUCAAAUCAACUUCUUUUGGUAUUGAAGAUUCGGGAAUAAAAAAUAAUCCUAGUUUUGGUAUCGUUAGUCCUAAGAUUAAGGAAAGUUCUUCUUUUGAUGUAGAUACACCAACCUUUAGUCUUGACAGUGAAAACUUUAAUGAUGAUACAGCUUUCAAUAUCGGGAGCACAUCCUUCGAAGAAGAGGAAGAGACACAAAAUAAAGAGGAGGAGGAGGAAGAUACUCAAUAUAACAUUGAUCCUUCUAAUUUUGAAAGCGAUGAGCCAACAACAAAAAAGCCAAGUUCUUUCGAACCCGAUUUUAGUAAUGCAAAAAGAAGUCCUCCAUAUAGUUCAGGCAGAAAUAAGGAAUAUAGAGAUUUUUCCAAUGUUUAUGGACCCCAGGCAUCGAAUUCAAGGGCUAAAUCUUAUGACUCUCCUUCUAAGGAGAAUUAUAAAUAUCCCAAAAAUCAGGAUAAUAGUAAUUCCAAAGAUUUAUCCUCAAAUGGACCUAUUUACAGUGACUCAAAUGUAGAAUACGUUGGUAGUUCAGCAACACCAAUCAAUUACGUUACAACACCUCAUGACAGAUUCGAUUCUCCUUUCGUUGAUGGCGGAUCACAGUUUACAUCCUCUGAUCAAACUUUCAAAGGAUUCGGUCAAAGCUCCUUUCAAAAUAGCCUAUUCGAUCAAGGACCUUUCGCUCAAAAUUCCUUUCAAAAUCUAAAUAGCAAUUCUUUUAGAACAUUAAAUCCCCCAACUCAGAAUGCAGUUGAAAAUACUCAGCACGUGGGUUUACAAAAUUCGCAACAAAUAUUCUCACCGACUCAUCAGACUGAAAUCAAUUUACCGCCAUCGUCUCAAUCCUACGAGAGUUUAUCUACUUCCUUGCCAACACACAAUACACAAUUUUCAGGAUUCAUUGAAGGACAGGAGUCACAACCGGUUUUAUUUAAUACUGACAAUGGCUUUAAUUUUCAAGCUCCGAAUUUUGGAAUUCCUUUUGAUUUCGGAACGGAGAGUAGAAAUCAACCGUUUUUAACUCUUCAGGAUCUUCAGCAACAACGUCAGAUUCUGCCGGUUCAAACAUCAAGUAGUACUCCUCAAUUUCCGCAAUAUAAAGGAGCGAGUAUUCCGGCACAUUCGCGAAGUGACUUUGUACAUCCUUCUGGGGCAUAUCAGUUUCUCACGAACCAACCGCAGUUACAUUUUAAUCCGAAUAAUGGACCUGUCGAUAGGAUGCAUGUUCAAACUGGACACAAUCCUUUUGAAAGGAUUCGAACUGACGUUGAGGUUAUUGAUAAAAAGAAACCUGCUCCACCACAGCAUGAUGGAAAGGAUGAUGAAGAAUCACAAGAAAGCGUGGAGGAAAAUGAUGAUUUAGAUGACGGCUACAACUCUGCUGGACAAGAAUAUGGUAGUUCAGAGGAAAAUGAAAAUUCAAAAGCACAGAUCAACAGUGAUGAAGAUUCUAGAGAAAGUUUUUCUUUAGACGAGCCUGAAUUUAAACAUAUGCCACCAAUGGGCAAAUUUGUUUUUCAACCAUUUGAUGAUAAAAUCAGUAUGUUUGACAAAUUCGUAAACCAUAAUAGGCCUGAAAAUCGUUAUUCGGUAGAAUCGAAUUCAUCAGAAGACGAUGAUUAUACUUCGAAGCAAUACGCUUCUAUAAAUUCACCAAGUUCUGAAUACGAUGAAAGUGACGAUGAAGAGGAAUCGAAGAAAUUUGAAAAACAAAUAGACGAUGAUGUUAGUUUUUCUUCUGAUAAAGGUCUGCCAAAUAUAAAAAAUUAUGAUUCGCAGUUUCAACAGAAAUUUAAUCUUCCCUACCUGAAUGAAGGCCUAAAAACCAAAUUUGCACAAGACCGAUCAAGCGUUCCAGAUAUUUUAAAAUACAAUAAAAGGAAAAAUUCACCAAAAAGUGACAAAAAUAUAAAAGGUGCUGUAAAAGGUGGAUCAAAAAUCCCUAUUUCCAGAAACAAUGAGGAAGAAGAAUCGAAAUUAAACUUUCAAAUUUAUGACAAGUCUUUUGGACACAAAAUUCCAAAAAACUCUGAUUCUUUAUCUAGGUUCAAAAAAGACAAUUCCCAUCAACAGAUUCCUUUAAAAAAGGAAACUAAGCCAUUAGCGAUAACAGAGAAAUCUUUUCGUCCAUCUCAAACAUUAAAUAAUGUAGCAUUUGUCACCGAAGAUGAUUACAAUUUUUUCUCCCCACAAAGAAUAAAAUUAGAAUUAAAUAAACAAUUUUCUUGAUAAACCUAAAUAAUCUUAAGAAAUUCAAAAAAUUUAUUCAAAUAUUUAUCUAUUAUUAAUAAUUAAUUUGAUAAAUUUCUCAAAAGUAAAAUAUUUAGGAUUAUUAUAAGAAAGUUUCAAAAUAAGUUAAAAGCGAAUUUCGUAGUGAUUAUUUUAAUGGAUUUAAUAUAAUGUAAAGUGACUGAAAAUUAAGGAAUUAUAAGUAUAAUAUAUGUAGCAGUAAAAAUGUUAAAUGAACUAUUGCAAAAUUAAAAUAUCUGUAUUUAUGAGAAAAAAUUGGAACAAGUUUUUGAUAUCUAAUUAUUACACUUAUAGAAUUUUAGAAAAAGAACAAAUAUAAUAAUAACAAUUCAAUAAAAAUACUUUUUCAGAAAAAUCUUCUUUUUCUCUGCGUUAUUUAGUGAGUGUGGCAGAAUCCAGGGAUAUCCAAGGAGACAAAAAUUCAAGAUUUCAACGCUUAGAACAGUGGCUUUCAUGUAAUUUUUUUUCAAGGCGCAUGAUUAUUCCCCAAAUGUCAUUUGACCGAACUGUCAUUUUACCGAAUUGCAUUUAU